AAAGUUUCACGAGGAAGUGGAAAUGAAAUGACUGCUCAAUAGUGUCGAGAAGCGGGCGUGUGUUGCAAAUGUGAUAGCUUUCAAUAAUAAAACUUCAUGGAUUUAUGUGUAUUUAGUAUUGUCGAAAAACAAGAGGUUUACCGUUUGUGGCUUGGUUGACCGUUAUUCAAACUUUACUGUUAUUGUUUCUCUGCAUACUAGUCUAUCACUGCGGCCUAAAUUGAGAAUCUGCUCAUCGAUUGUUUACAGCACACGAAUCAUUGACUGAUUGUUACGAGCAGGCCAUUUAUUUUGGUGCUGACUUUUUCGUUCAACAUCUUCACAGCUGGGUUCACAAAAAAGGCUGGUGUGAAUGGAAGUUAAGUAUUUAUCUUGGACCAACUCGAGAUUAUGUAGAAUUAUUCGUUAGCUUGCCAAUAUUUGUGGCGUCGUAGUAACUGUCUACCAUGGGCAUAAAAUGGAACUGGCAUCCCAUUUUGGGCCUAAUUCUGUUAACCUUGAGCUGUAUUGUUACCAAAGGAAUAGAAGUUCCUGUUUUAUUGCCUGAGUUUGAACAUUGGAGGAUAGUCAAAAAUGGCACUGAUGCUUCAGUUCGCAAUAUUUGGAACCUAAAGACAGAUAAGACCGGGUUCGUUGCUUGUAAAACAAGUAAUAGUGUCGUAGAUGGUAAUGUUAUAACACCAUUUAUCACUACAAAUCCAGCGAAGGAGAUAACCCUCAGAGUUACUUAUACUUUGAAUUGCUGUGUAGCCAAAUUGUCUAUUGGUGUCUAUGUCCUUUUGGGCUCUGGUGAAAUAUCUGCGCCUGGUGCUCAAAGCUUCAAGUACAUUUCUGCUUUAAAGAAUACCUCAUCAAUGAAUCCGUCAUCUAGAGUACAGUUCACAUCAGCUAUUGCCAUUGGAAUGGAAGGAAGGACUGGACUUUUUAUUGCUUUCAGAGAUCAAGGAAUUUGCGGAAGCCUUGAUUCAUUUCAACUCAGUUACAUAGAAUGUCCAAGCUCAGCAGGGGAAUUAAUGUCAUUCCCACUUAGAGCUGCAGCUCCAAAUAGCACAGUUUCAGUCCUAAAGGUGCUUGGAACAUGUGUUUUCAAUGCUGGUGUUCAAAUUUCGCAAGCAGCCAAUUACAUGUUUUGUUAUACAAAUGGUUCCACCAAGGUGAAUGGUGGCUGUCAUUGCAAAGCUGGAUAUGAAAAUCAUUUUUUUACUAGCUGUAAUGAAUGUCCAGCAAAGAGUUUUAAAAGUGCUGCUGGUAACUUUAAUUGCACCAGAUGUGGUGCUAAUGUCGAGGACGGACUGAAGCCCAGGACAACACCUUGUAAAUGCAACAAUGGAUAUUACAGGCCACUUCGAUCUAAAAGUGUUCCAACUGUCGACUGUGAAGCGCCACCAUCUGCUCCAAAUGUCGUUAGGGCAAAACAGAUUGGGUCAAAGUGGAUCUUAUUAGAAUGGACGGUUCCCAUGGACCAGGGGACUGGAGGCAAACUGAGUUACACGAUAAAAGCAAGCUGUACUAAAUGUAAAAUUCCACCUGACUUUACAACAUCUAACCUUCUUUUCAAUGUCACCGGGCUGAGCGCCUACACACGAUAUGACGUCAGAGUUUAUUCCAUCAACAAUAUAACUGCUGCCAUCGGCUUCGACAAGGCUAUGUACAACAGCACUUCAGUUUUGACUGGAUCUGGAUUGCCUUCGGAGGUUCAGAAUCUUACUAAAAGGACAAACUCUGAUGCAUCAGUGACAAUUUUCUGGAACGAGCCAUUGACCAAGGGUGGUGAUGAUCUGCGAUAUUUUAUCACUGUUAAUGAUGAAAAGGGAAUGUUUACCACCAAGCUGAAAUACACUGUUAAACAAGAGCAAGAAACGAAAAAGUACACUGUGUCUAUAAAGGCACACACGAGCGCUGGAUUUUCCAAAGAAGAAGUUAUCUUAUUUGAAAUUAAAGGAAAAGGUAUUUCACUGACUUUGGUCAUUGCUGUCGUAGUCACAUUGUUUGUCUUACUGUUGAUUGCUGGCGCUUUCGUUGUAUAUUUCUAUCGAAGGCGACAUCCAAAGCAUCUUCAACCUGUUCGACUUGAAAACGGGGAAGUGAUUCUCCCAAGUGGAAAAGGCGUUCAGGUUUAUAUUGAUCCGACGACAUAUCAAGAUUUGGAGGACGCUGUGCAGCAGUUUGCUAACGAAUUAGACCGAAGCUGGAUUAAGCUAGAUCGUCUGAUUGGUGGAGGUGAAUUUGGUGAUGUGUACAAAGGAACUAUGGAAAAACCUUCCGAAAAAGCACAAAUUGUCGCCGUCAAGACACUCAAGUCAAAUGCAAAUAAGAAAGCAAGAGAUGACUUUUUGGGAGAAGCAAUGUAUAUGGGACAAUUUGAUGACCCAAAUGUCAUAAAUCUCGAGGGUGUGGUCGUUAAAGACCGUCCCAUAUUGAUUGUCAUCGAAUUCAUGAGCAAUGGAUCGCUUGACUCCUUUCUACAAGAAAACGAUGGUAAAUUUACUCCACUCCAGUUACUAGGAAUGGCCCGGGGUGUGGCGUCUGGAAUGAAGUAUCUUUCUGAAAUGAGCUACAUCCACAGGGAUUUGGCAGCCAGGAAUAUUUUAGUAAAUGAUGACAUGGUUUGCAAGGUUGCUGAUUUUGGAAUGAGCAGAGAAUUGAGCGAGGAAGAUACAUAUAACACAACCGGUGGCAAGAUCCCUGUUCGAUGGACAGCACCGGAAGCAAUCCAGUUUAAGAAAUUCACCAUUGCCUCGGAUGUUUGGAGUUAUGGUAUCCUGCUUUGGGAGAUAAUGUCAUACGGAGAAAGGCCAUAUUGGGACUGGGGCAAUUAUGAGGUGCUUGAACGUCUGGCUUCUGGCUACAGACUUCCUCCACCAAUGAGCUGCCCUAAAGUUGUGCACGAUCUUAUGUUAUCUUGCUGGCACAAAGAUCGCGUUAAAAGACCAAAAUUUAAGGACAUUCGUUGCACGUUUGAUAAGUGGAUCCGGAGUCCGGAGUUGCUGAAACACGAGGAAUCGGUUGUGACAAGGCGUGACACUAAUUUGGAUUACGCGUCAAUGAAGACCUUAAAAGAAUGGCUUGAUUCGAUUGGGAUGUCGCGAUACAUCGAGAACUUCACUGAAAAGGGCCUAGUCACACCCCGCCAGAUCUUAGAGCUCACGGAUCCAGAUCUGAAAGAUAUAGGAAUUGAAGCUGUUGGCCACCGAAACAAAAUUAUGAAGAACAUAAAUUUGACGAAAGGCCAGUUGAUUAGAACAAAAUCCAUGGCAAUCUAAGCGCUGUGAGGCAAGUUGCUUUUAUUAGAAAUUACAUCGAAAACUUCAUUACAUCACUCUAAUGUCUAUGACAGUAGUUUGUCAUGAUGUCAUAAUAAGUAUUUGACCAAUUUUCAAGGACUAUUUAGUUCGACUUGUUUAUGUAUUGCCCUUGAUUGUAAAGAUGCAUUUCUACGAAAGACAUUUUUGAUGUGACGUUUUAUAUUAGAAGUAUUGAAUUUUUUGGAGAACGUAAGUAGAGCAUUCUGCACCAUAGAAGACAUUCCAAGUUAUCUUGUAAGCUGUUGUUGUGGUUUUCUUCCAUAAGUUGUUGUGCAUAGGUUGAUUGUUUUAUUUAAAGGCAUUGAGUCAUGAUAAUAUAGAUUGGGUAUACCCAAAGUGCCAAAAUCCGCUGAGUCACGAUUUUUAUGACGGCGAUGCUGUUGGUUGACCUUAAACUGGUCACAUGAACUCACCUCGUACUGAUUAACAAAACCGUUUCCACCAAUAGCAAGUUGUCAUUAACGGAUGCCAAUAUCACAUGAAACAGCAGCGAUCACGCCGAAACCAAAUGAACCCCUAUAGAGAAGGCCUAUUUGCCAUGACUCAAUGCCUUUAAAUUUCCUGUGACAUGAUUUUUUUUAUUCUUUUAAUUGAAGCGUUGCACUGCUCUUAUAGUAGAUCUGAACUUUUUUUUGAAAUAAAAGCGUUUUGAUAUUGAAAUUAAGCAAAAUAGUGCGGCCUAGCCAAGUCGCUUUAUCAUCAUUCGCCGUUCUCUUGUGACGUCAUGGGAGGAACUCGUUAUUGUAACAAUGUAAGCACUACCUUCAAAAAUCUCAUCCUCGCUGCCACUACUUUCUCUGUAAUUAUCGCUCAUCUUGGACCUGUUAGAUUUCCCACAUUGACUACGAUACAAAAACUCGAAGGAUGAGGCGAUCGGGUCCCUCCCGUGACGUCACUGUCUACUCAUUCUGAAAACCAAGAUGGCGAAUUUUGGCGAAGAAGAUCGCCAAUAACUCCUUCAUUUCUCAUGAAACGUAAAAACUAACCUCAGAAAUGAAAAUAACAGGCCUUUUUACAUAAGAAUAGAUAUAUAAACCCAAAAGUACGAAAACCAUGUCACAGGCAAUUUAACAAGAAGGUACUUAACCGUAUUGAUUAGAAGUCCUUAUUCAAGGUCACCUUGCGGCGGCAUACAGUGAAAUGUGACUGUUUUUAUUAUUUCAUAUAAUAUAAGUGAGUCAUCUGCUUAUUUAAGCUGUGAUACAGCUCCAACCUUCUUGGUUAAAGACUUUCUGAAACUAUUUAGACACGUAUUCUUGUUCAUGUCGCUCAUUGUGUGGUCUUCAUUUUCAAGGUUCAGUCCUUUUGUCCUGUGUGUAAGUAUCAAGGGACAUACAACCCUACGCUUUUAAGACCUUUCUCACUGUAUAAAAACACUCGAUAGUAGCCAAGAGCAAUGGCAUCUCUCUCUCCUCCUGCCAACAUAAACAGACACUUAUUGGAUAUAGCACAACUCACAUUAAUAGCUGAAUUGUCUUUCCAAAAGUAGUAUCAAAAUUCUUGCGAUCUGUAUGUACAGUGUAUUUUUUAAAUUAAUUUUCUUAUUGCAGUUAAGAUUAGAGUUUCCGUAAGGAAGAUUCAUUUUUAGUCACCGAAUAGUAACAGUUAUCGAUCUUAGCAAAAAAGGCUUCUAGGUUUAAUGUCUAAAUAUUUUAAAAUCACGAAAUCUUUUAUGAAAUGAGAGGUAAAAGAUGUUGGCGUUGCCUUGCUCAAGAAUCGAUAAAACGAAAUGUAGAAAUCAGUUGCAUCUUAUUAUUAUAAAGAACCUACAAAAGCAUUUUCGCGUAGAACCUUCUAAUUUUGAAGCCUUAGCAUUUGCCACUAAAUAUGUGCAUAGUUGCAUUCUGGUAUAACUUAGAUGGUUUUGAAACAGUGAUGAAUAAAUGCCCAAGUGCAUGAGGUAUGAAUUUAGGAGUUUUUAUAUCCGUUACUUUUUGACAUGAAGCUAUUUUGUUUAUUAAGAUAUUCCUAAUUUAAUCUUUCUUGUGAAUAUCUUUUACUAGUCGAAACCAUUUUUUAAACCGUAUAUAAUGAUAAUUAGCGAUAACUAACUAUUUGAUAACGAAGUCACGCUGAAUAUUUCUUGAAUGUCCGAGAGAAAAUAGUCGUUAUUUGUGAAUAAGUGUCGUACGGUAAAAUUUGAACUCAUGCUGUAUCCAGCCUGGCAGAGCAGAAUAAUGAGGGUUUCCUAAACCUGGUAGAUCUGAAGUCCGCGAUUUUACCGAUACAUAGGUCUUGGAGAUGCUACUUAAAGCGUGCUUGAUGUAGUGGUGUCUAGAUAUCCUAUUUCGUUGACUUAUUUGUCAAACUUUCAAACUUCGUUGCCUCACUUUACAAACCCACUCUCACAUUAAAGGCCUACAUCUAAACUGUUCGCAUUGACGUCAUAUCAUCUUUUUUCCUGUUCUUAUACAUUUUUAUGUAUAUGUUUAAGGCUAAAACAGUAUAUCUUAGAAUUACCACCAUAAGUAACAAAGUUUUGAUAUUUUCAUUUUUCCGAACCAUCAAAAUUUUCUCAUCAAAUUAAGCUCUUAAAAUAAUUAGUAUCUGUAAUAGUUUUUAAGUAAUUAAAUAGUAUUUAAAUAGUAAUUAAAAUAAUUUUGUUCAUAGAAAGUUUUUUCCAUAAGAAAUAUCUCUUCUUUGAGUGACCCAAUUUUGAAAAAAGUAGAAUUACAGGUUUUCCAAAGUUGUAAAUUUUUCCAGUGAUUUUUUAGCUAAAAAUCAAACUCAUUGUCUUAACAGAACUUAACUAUGUAUCCAGCCUUGUUAUUUAAUCUUGUUUUCCUAAUAAAAUUUUCCUGUUUCAGUGACUCUUUUUCCACAAGAAAAAAACGUAUAGGCCUCCAAAAAUAAUCAAUUUUUGACAGAAAUUCCCCAUAUAUAAACAUUUGCCAGGUUUUGGUUUUGUACCUUGGCCAUGGAACGUAGUUUUUUCUUUUAUGUUUUAAUGUUAUUCCCUUUUUUUCUGUCUAGAUUUUCACAAAAAAGUAGAUUAUAGACUUGCUAAAAGCAUUUAUUAUUCACAGAAGUUUUCCAGCUCAAAGCAGCACAACUUCUCGUGUAAUAAAUACCUAACAGUUUUUCACAAUGUAUCCUACUCACGGAAGCUAGUUUUCCAAAAAAUUGCCUUUGUUUACAUCCCCCAAUUUGACAAAAAAAGUAAAGCUACAGGCUUGCCAAAAUCGUCGAAUUUUGACAAUCUCUUUUCCCUUCAAAGCAACCAAUAAAUGGUUGAGACUUUUCAAGGAAAGCUUAUAUUCUCACUUUUCCCCUCCCCCAAUUCAAUGUUGAUAGCAUGAUUGUGAAGCAAAAAUUAAAGAACUAUAAAUCCAACAUUGCUUCGGGGGAAAAGGGGGAUUCGAAUAUACAGGGGCAAGGUAAAGUAAACAAUUACGAAAAUUGCAUUUUGUCUCAACAUU